GACAAGGCCGUCUCCUGGUGCAUGCGCGGCGGGAGAGCGACCGCCACCGCGACAGAGCCGCCGCUACACCUCUCGCCUGCCUACGCACACCCCUUCGCACUGCCCCUCCUCCUCCUCCUCUCUCUCUCUCUCUCUUCACCACCACGGGUCUCUCUCCUCCUCUUCUAAGUGCCGGCGGGAAACACUCGGGCGCGCACCACAUCGCGCCGAGCACGUGGAUUACGCGCACGGUGAGCGACCACCUCACUCUCUGCGGAGUGUUUUUUCUUUUCUUCGCGCCGCGCACGCGGACUUCUCUCGCCGUCAUCGUUGCCGCCGGAUGACCAUCGCGGUGCCACCGGGGGACGUCGACAACGAAGAGACCACUGUCACUUUCCGAGGCUGCGCGGGUGUUGUUGUUGUGGUUGCUGUGCGCAGGACACCGCCGACGACGCCUCAUCUGUAAGCGUGGUGCGGACAACGGUGCUUGGAUCGCUUCGACGUUCUGUGCACUUUGCCUGAAAAUUCCUUUUUCUUUUUCUUUUUUUUUUCUACCAUUCCUGGUUCUCGGCGUUGGUGCCGUACCGGAGACCACAGUUUUGAUACCUCCGGAAACCCGGGACGUAAGACACCGGUGCUACCAUCGCCGUUUACCUCUUUUUGUUUUUUUGUUUUCCAACCGCGCACCUUGGUGGUGCAGCCGAGAAGCAACUGCGGUGUCAGACCUGUGAGACAGUGCUAUCAGGCGUUCACGGAUUUCGGAUUGCCGUUUCGGUGACAAGGGGCUCGGAGCCCAACUCUGCACUGACUGGAAUAGGCCGACGCCGUCGUAGCCAGCAGGUUCCCACUGGAGAACGCGUUUGAGAACAACUGUUCUUCGAAGACAGCCGCGGCGGCCAGCAACGCUAGCAGCGCCGGCGUCGUUAGCAGCAGCCCGAGCCUGGUGGUCAGUAGCAGCCACCACCACCACCACCACAGCGGCGCUGGCGUCGGCGGCCACGGUGGCGUGAGCGGCGGUUGCCCCGCGCUGUGCCGCGCGUCGCGCGACGCCAUGGAGGAACAGGCCGGGCCCUGGCCCGGCUACGAGGGCCGGCAGGACCCGGCCGUGCUCGCCCAGGAGGACAUGGACAUGUUCUUCCACUCGCUGCAGGACGGCGCGGGCCCCGCCGCCGCCUCGUCGUACUACGGGAACCCCGCAGCCAGGGCCGUCCACGGCUACAGGACCGCCCACCCUCGCGUGCCGAGCAGCCAGGUGUGCCGGCCGCACUUCCACAGCCCGCUGCACCCGUGGAUCUCGGACACGGCCAAGGCGGCCGCGGCCGCGGCCAUGGUGCCGCACCACGGGGCCGCCGCCUGGUGCUCCCCGUUCCCGCCGGCCAAGCCGCAGCCCAGUCCGCCGACGGCGCCCUCGCACUCUAGUCCGCACCUGUUCAGCUUCCCGCCCACGCCGCCCAAGGACGCCACGCCGGACCCGGCCGCGGCCGAGGCCCCCGGCUACGCCACGGCCGCCGGCUGCGGCGAAGACCACAAGCCCGGCAUGCUCACCUCCCUGGCGGCCACGUCCUCCUGCGGCGGAGCGGGCAAGCGCGAAGGUAGCGGACCGUUCCCCGCCUCCUCGCCCCCUUACCCCCACCCGUACGUGCCCCACCCGGGCGCGCCGCCGUCCGAGCUGGCCGGCUACCACGGCUUCCACGCCGCACCCCUGCAGCUGGCCGCGGCCAAGCAGCACUCGUCCUCUUCGUCCAACGCACUCCAGGGACCCAACGGCUACGGCCAGGUCAGCAAGCCCCGAACCAAGGGACGUUCCAGCGCCGGCGCCAGCGGAGGCGGUAGCGGGAGCAGCUCGGGCAGCGGCGCGAGUUCUCGCCGAGAACUGUCGCUGCCCUUCGCUUCCCUCGACCAAUCCACGGCGCCGUACUUCUGGAACGGCAGCCAGGCGCUCGCAGCGGGACCGCGGUCUGACAUCUCGGCGUUCGGAGAGGGCAGAGAGUGCGUGAACUGUGGUGCGACGUCGACGCCGCUGUGGCGACGAGACGGCACCGGGCACUACCUGUGCAACGCAUGCGGUCUCUACCACAAAAUGAACGGCCAGAACAGGCCGCUCAUCAAGCCCAAGCGACGACUCUCUGCGGCGAGACGGGCCGGAACAAGCUGUGCCAACUGCAAGACGACCACGACGACCCUCUGGAGGCGCAACCAGAAUGGCGAACCCGUCUGCAAUGCCUGCGGUCUCUACUUCAAGCUGCACAAUGUGAACCGGCCGCUGACGAUGAAGAAGGAAGGCAUCCAGACGCGGAACCGCAAGCUGUCCUCCAAGAGCAAGAAGAAGAAGGGCGGGGCCAGCGGCCUGGCCAUGGGGCUGCCCGACUGCAUCAAACCCCUGGACAAGGGCUUCUCGAGCUUCUCGCCGACGGGCCACCAGUUCGCUUCGUCCAUGUCCAUGACCAUGAACCACUACAUGCACCAGGGCAACAUGAACAUGCCCAUCUCCAUGGGCGGCACGUUCGUCACGUCGCCGCCCAUGCACAUGACCACGGCCACGAGCCUGUCCGGCCUCGGCCUCGGUCCGUCCACCGCUGGACUCAGCCUGGCCGCCUCCAACAGCAUGGUGGGCGCCAUGGCCUAGCAGCAGCUGCAACGUCACCCGCCGUGUCGGGACACCGAAGGCAGCAGCACCCCAAGUGCGGUCACGUGCUUCGAGUGCGAGAACUCGCCGCCGUGAGCAGUCAUCAUCGCAACCCCCUCUCCUCCUCCUCUCGCGUCACCUGCGUGAAACGUGAACGCUCUCCCGCGACUCGUCGCGAACACCUGUACAUACGAAGACGAAACAGUACACGGAGGACUGAGAGAGACCCGAGAGAGGCUGACCGGACGGACAUCGUGGAAGCACACAGACAAGAGAGCUAUAGUAUAUCAAUCUAAUCUAUCUUUCGUCACAAAGUACGUACUGCUAUAAUACGUCGCGCGUGCGCGUCAUAUGUGUGUGCCUUCCGCCCGGACUCUAAACGCGGCGUGGUGUGACGUUGCGCGAGUGGAACUGCUUUCGAGUGUGGACAGUCCAGUGCGCGGGCGGGAGCUGCCGAGGAGAGGACUCGUGCGGUACCGCUCGCUCGCGAUGCUUGUGCUGCGCAAGCCCCGACGCCAUGACCUUCAGCCCCACCUCGUCGCGCGCGGGGUACUUCCCGGCGUUUGUUUUGAGUGGCGCGGCGAUGUGUGCAGAGGGACCACCACUCCACGCAGAGAGUAGGCGCUGCCCACGAGCGCAGCAGCCCACGCGUCGCAAUUUUCGUUUGCCCCGUUUCUUCGCGCCCUCGCCUGUCCGGAGAUUGCUGUCACCGACUUUCACCUUGGCCGCUAACCGCGUGUGGAGUGAGUGAUUCGACGCGAGUGCUGACAGGGCUUCACGCAUAUACGCUGCAGGUUUUUCCCGAUGACACCUUGCGAGCUUGCGCCUCGAAUAUCGUUUACAAAAAACGCAGCGCAUUGUUUAGCAUUGCAGACAUGGAAAGUACUUUUCUAAGCUAGUGAAAUUCUCGUAGAGCGUGUUAUUGCCGGCAGCCAUUCGAGACGAAAUCCCUUGAGAUACACGCGCAUGCGCACGUUGAAAGUCAUCAACCGUCCUCUAAUUCUGUUGUACGGUGCCCAUUCACAUAUUUAGCUUGGAACGACGCACUUAGUGCACGGUUCCAGAGUCAGCACAGCCUAAGUAACUGUUAGACUCGCGCAUCACGUGAUGUGACGUCAUCUCGGGCUACCUACGCUCCCGUCAUAACUAAGCCUGGAGACGAACACACACCAAGCGUCACCGGCACCCUGCUUUGAAAGCACGGAGUGUAGGCUUUCUCGUAUAAAUGCAAUAUCGCGGGCGGCGCAGGCCUGAAUGUUCUCUCAAGAGCUGUUCCCGGAGUGCGAUUGUUUUGUGCUGACAAUGACACCGCGGUUCCAGCGCUUCAAUUAAUGAGACGAGCCAUGGUAUAUAUCUGUAUAUACACGGAUUUCAUUCAGCCUUCGUAUGCGUGUCCCUGCAAGCGCUCGCGCCGAAGCGUCUUUCGCUCACUUUUGAAGAGCGGCACGCCGAUGACACGGCCUCCGAGAUCGCGAGCGUGGUGUUGCCGAUUUCGAAGGUCACGUUGUGAGGGCGCGCGCGUUUCUCACGCCGGGCCAGGUGGCGCUGGUCUCCUGCCCGAAAAAAAAAAAAGGAAACAAGUGACGCUUUCCGGCAUUUACCGAGGACGCUUCGUGUGAGACACACCUGCACAGUUCUAAGGCAAGUCGGCUGUUGCAGUUCGCCAUGUCAGGGCAAAAAAGCAAGCCCCGGACCCGUAGUGGGUCCGGGUGCGCGCAGCCCCUCACGCACACACUCGUGCACACUGUACGGCUCGUAGUUAUCGCAGGCCUAAUCAAGUUCCCGCACGGGCACCUCUGGCCGAGAGCAGAUCGGCACACACUGUGUGUGACCCCCCCUUUGGACCCGCAGUCAAUAUCCCUUCGCUGGGAACGAACACGCCGUAGAGAUUGUCGAGGCGCGACACCAAGGUUUUUGUCUUGUGUACGUUCUGACAUCAACUUUUCGUUCCCUCGUGUGGAAAGGCGUCCGGCACCUGUUCGCAAUUAUUUGUUUUUCGCGUCUUUUGUUUGAUUCAGUUACGAGCGGAAGUGUGAAGCGGGAAUUGAAAACAAAGAUUGGAUUCUUGUGAAAAAGGAAAGAAUAUAUACAUAUAUAUACAUGAAAGGGUAAAAAAAAAACUAUGGGUGUGAAAUGCACCUUCGGCUGUGACAGUUUACUUGAUCUCUCCAAGCAGCCCGACCACCCUGCAUUUUGAUUUAUGCGCGGUGGUUGUUGUGUGCAAUCAUCCUGUCGUGCGUGAGGCAGUACUGUACCAUGACGUUGCUGUUUUCACGUAGGAACGUCGUUGCCUAGAGCUCCUGGUAACGCUAGGGCCUACGGACCAGUGUUUUACGAGAAGGACUUGUCUGAAGAAGUAUUCGUACAGAAGUACUUACAAGCUUUAUAGCGGCACCUCCCUGUAAAGAUAAGUUCAUUAUGCAACACAUAUAUGUCACAAAAAUAAGUCUCGGCAUCGAGAUUAUUCGAAUUUCCGCAUAAUGGACGCUUGCAAAAUAAUGCGGUGGUAUCGGUCGCGUACUCUGGCAAGUAACGCAAUGACAAAAAAACAAGCCAAGAUAUCGAUGAAGAAAACUUACCACAACUGCUUAAAACAGACCAGUUGGAAAGAUCAGAGAUGUCGGUGUCGUUGUACAAAUUCAGGUUGUUCGAUAUUUGGUUUUCUAUGACCCUUAUGUUGUUGCUAAACAAUAGGAAGCACAUACUGCGUGAUAAAGAACCGUGGUUGAUAUGAUCAUCACUGCGUAUGCGUACCUUAUCAUACUUGCUAUCAGCAGUGACUCGUGAAUAGCACAAUACAGUGCGAACGAGAUAGCACCAUUGCGGGAUCCGCCUUCAAACACUUGUGUUCAAAGAUUUGUUACAGGUCGUGACGUUAGAGGUGUAGUUAUUUAAGUCUUUUUUUUUCUUUUUUUUUUUUCGGCCGACGAAGGCCAGUGGUCGUUCGAGAAGCCAUCGAAUGACUGGGGAGAAAAAAAAAUACUGUGAGCAUGUGUUACUUUGUUUCUUUGUUUUUCUUGCUGCAAGUGUGCGUGAGUGAGUGAUAAAUGACGUGUACAUAUUUCACAAUGAAGAAGGGACGCACGUGAAAGACUCUGUGUUGCCUGCCGGUGCUCGGCAGGUGCUGAGUCACCGCAGUCCGGCUGCACCUCAUGACUGGAAAUAAACAAGAUCAGGUGCUAAAAGAAACAAAA